AUGGACUCACCCACUGGCGACACUCCCCUCAGUGAGAGCAACCUGAACACCACCACCAACAGCAACAACCUCAUCACCUGGGUAAUCAAAAAUGAUCACUCCAACACCCAGUUGUUGAUCAACGCGGGGAAGGGGGUGGAACAUAGGAGUCAGGUGAGCGAUCAGCUUGUCGAGUCAUCGUCUCCUGUUACAGCACAGCCCAGCAGCGUCAACACCUACUCGACCAAGCCAAAUGAGGCAGACGCACUAGACAACAGCAUCCUCAACCAGACUGGCAUCACCAACAACACUUCCAUCGUCACCAACAUCAACACAACAACCGACACCACCGGCAACAAGAAGCCUACUCCAAAGAGGGCUAUGAUUCUCUCAGGUCGCCCAGCGCCGCCCCUCCCACCUCGGCCCGUCUUCCCGGCCGACCUCAAGAACUACCAACUUCAAUCCGGAACCGCCGAAACUAGCUCCCACAUGCAGGCCUAUCUCUCUCGGGUCCGUCGCGACUUUGAACAGCAGACUGAUGAUUUCGAAGUCCUAAAAGAGAUCAUAUUGGAGGACACGCAUCACAUGACGGCGGUGGUUGAUGAGCUGGACGCGAUGGAUGAGGAUCCGUUUACGUUGGACAGUUUUGAGAACCUAAUGAGAAUGCACGCGAGUAAGGGGAAGGAUUUUAUUAUUGCAAGGGUUACGACGCAGGAUCCGAAUGACGGGGAGAAGCAUUAUCAUUCGUAUUACGGCGCGCAUCAGAUUAAUAAGGUCUUGUUUCGGACGCAGCCUGAUGAGGGGCUCUUGCAUCGUAUGAAGGCGCGUAAUCCUUUGAACAACAUGUUGGUCGUGGGAGACGUCCACUAUUAUAUAAUAUCAGCCGCAGAUGUCAAAACAGUCCGACCACUGCCCACCGUCGUCCGCAGCUCAAGCGCAUCAAUAUCUUCUCACUCCUCACGAAUGAGUCGGUGCAGCAAACUGGCGGCGCAGGCGAUCGCCAGUCAAUCGGCCUCGGCCAGAUCAUCCCCGAUCCUCGGAAGUGACAAGUCACUCUUUUCUCGGUCCUCUGACCUCGAAUCCCCCGUGUCGAUCAUCUCUCCGCUUAUGGCGCUCUCGAUCCUUAAUGCUGACCAGGAGGAUCUUAUUCACCACGGUGGCAGCGAUGGAGGUUAUAGUUCGAGUACGACACCUGCAUCAGCAACGGCGGAACAUGAUGUGAUACAGCCACACAAACGUCAUCGUCGUGGGUCUCAGGGUUCGACUUCCUCAACCACCUUGACUCCAACUUUUCCCCAGGGUGCCGCCACCUCCCACCGCCAACCCGGUCGACCCUCUCGUCUCCGUCAAGCAAUUGAGACGGAGGAACUUUGUGAUAGCCCUGUCACCAUGAUGCCCACUGCUGGUGCUGGUUCGUUUGCAGAGGAUGCCUUCAGUCCCAUGACACCCCCCGCCCAUCAUGCGCACCCUUCUUCUUCCCAGGCAAGCCCAUCAUCCGCAACAGGACAGAGCCCCCUCUUCCAGAGCCUGAUGGGUGGCAGAGUCCGCAGUCGAUCCAGCACCAUCUCCAGCGUCUCCAGCGACGAGAGUUUCACCUCGACCAUGAGCGCUCGAAGCCACGCGUCCAAAUGUAGCGCCACCACCAACGACAGCAACAGCAGCGCCACUUCCAGUAGCAACGAAUGCUACUCUUCCUCCGUCUUGAGUUCACCCAUCAACAACUCCAACCUCGACAAUACCCAGGACAAAGACAAGGAGUCCAACAGCAAGGGCAGUGGUGACGACAACGUGGUCUACAAGUUCCGGUACCUAGCCUCAGACGACGAUUUCUUGUUACGUUCCACGGUCCGUCAGACGUUCAGAGUCAAUGCACUCGAGACUUGGGAUGCGAUUCUGUUUACAAUCAGUAAUAAUGCACUGAGGGAGUAUUCGAACCAGGGCGGUGAGCAGGUCUUACAGCCUCUUGCUGGUCAAGGUCACCACCAACCUUUUCCUUUGCCGCCGUCGUCGUUGCCUUCACAAGCCUCGGAACCAGUGCCAUUUCAGCACCCAGAACAGCAAGUGCCGUCGUCGUUACCAACACCCACCACCGCAGCAGCAGCCGUUGCGGCUCAAUAUUCUGCAGCUCACAACCAGAACCAAGGUGCCACCAGCCACCCACCUUUGAUUGUCCCUCGCCCUCAGGAUAUCUCACCAUCCAGUCAUCCAACAACAGAGCUCCACCACCACCAUUCCGACUCUACCUCCGCCCCCAAUAAUAACACUACUUCUUUCGACAACGAAGACUCAACAACAACACCGUCAUCACCACUCCAUGGCAGAAUAGAACGAAGUGGAGGUGGCGGGUUGUACUCUGCCGGCGUGAACAGUGUACCUCACACAUUCGACAUCCAUAGCUUCAGUCACACACCCCGUCAUCAAAGUCAUGGCGGUCAAGAGAUUCAACAACUUGAAGGAGAAGGAGGAGCAGAGGGAUUGAGUCGAAGCAUGAGCAAUAGCUGCCACAGCCGACGAGUGGAUCUGUUCCGCAGUUUGCCUGCCUUGACCCUUGGUGCUUCCGCUACCGGUGUCAGGCAAGAAGGUGGUUUGGUGGGUGGUGAUGGUGAAGUGUCCGAGUUGAAUUGUGGUGCCAGUAGUACAACUGGUAGUUGCAAGAAGUUGCGCCACGUCUUGAGCAAGAUCUUUUCGCGCAAGUAA